AUGCAUUUACAUUUAUUGUUUAUAUUUGUUCUGGUGCCUAUCGUUUUGGCCGAUGACGACUGGGAGGAUUUUACGAACAACCUUGCGACAGAUUUGGCCCCUUUAAUCACUCUGUUUGGCACACGACUCACCAAACAAUUUCUCUCCGAGUCAGUCGAUCUUGUUGAUAACGUUAUUUUCGCGCUUUCACCUCUGGGAGUCUUGACGACGGUCGUCUCCGUCAUCCGAGUCUGUGGUGGAUCCUCCCUUCGUGCUUUUAUCGGACGCGCACAAGAAGGGCCCGCAGACGCUGAAAGCGAGUUGUUGCCAUGUGUAUCAGAGUCCACAGCGGAGCUCUUCAACGAUCGUGGUAUCUCGCGGGUCUUUGGACGGCCAAAAGUCUUGGAGAUUGUGGCCUGGGAGAAUGAUACGGUCAAAGAUGGUGAGCGGUCUGUGGAGUUUGGGACUCUUCUGGAUGCUGUGAGGAAAGGCGCUUGGUCUAAGAAGGGGAAGGGACUUUCCACCGAGGACUGGUGCCGGUUUCCUGAAGUUGGUAUUCCAAACCUGUCUUUGAACAAAGGCAUUAAGAGGAGGGAUCAGCGCUGGUUUUAUUGUGCUGCUAUACUUGGAUCUAUUUUGCAGACUGGUGUCGUCGUUUAUGCCGCUCUCACAGUAUUUAUUUUCCCGGAUACUUUCAAGAACAACGGAAAAGCUGUGUCUAGCUACGCAUUCCCAUUCUUUAUCAUCGGGACGACAUUCUUGUUCGUCGGGAUGUUUUUCUCCGCGGUGAUCAUCGAGCGAUCCUCAAAGCAAUAUUAUCUCGAGCCAAACAAGCCAAGCAAUCUAUACUGGCUCCAACCCGGAGAUCAAGAGGUGGGAGACCAGGUAUUUGGCGCAUUUUUGGCCGUGAAAGAGGCUCCAGACUUCUACAUCAAGUCGGUUCGAGAUCGUAGAUUUGAUGGCCAGAAUGUCAAAAUCUACUUGACCAUCUUUUUUACAAUUCUAGGGUUCAUCUUCCAAUUUAUUGGACUCCGCGGGCUCCAUGCCUCUGUCAUUCUGGCCUCGCUUGGAGCUACACUCGUCAUGUCCGUGUUACGAACCUGUCUUCGGACAGAGCGAAUGGGACCAGACGAGAACAAAUUGAAAGAAGACCGGGAAUUGACAGCGCAUAAGCAGCAAGAGCUCGACUUUUUUGCAUUUUAUCUCGAGGAAGUUGAGUCUUUUGAUAUGAUCACUCCUUUCUCUGGUGAUCUUUCACCGGAUGACGCUUCUCUGGAGCAGACCGAUGACUCGGACAAAGCUCUGGCGAAGCACUUGAUUCAAACAAGAAUACGGCUGGCCGAGCUCACCUCUAGGUCAGAUGAUGGCUCAACCGUUGCGUGGGAUGACAUGCCGAUCCGUACGGUAGCCCAUAACCUCGCUCGAACAAUUGAGGCCACAAUGGACCUAAUUUCAAGCUGGGGAAUCGAUUUCGGCAAAUCCUUUGAUUUUCCACUUGCCUUUGAAUGCCAAUCAGCGUCUCCAAAAUAUAGGACUCCAUCACAAAUAACAUACCCAAUCAGCAUCUCAAGAUGCGGCGAUGCCCUUAGAUGGCGCGUGAAUCCACAUGAGCUUGAAGCCAUCCUAGGCCUGUGGACGUGGUCACUCUACAAGUCAGACAAAGAGUGGCGGACGCCACUCAGUCGCCUUGUCGGGCUCGAUGAGGCAGAGGCGGAGAAAGUUGAAAUGUAUCUUUAUUUCCACAAGUGGAUAUUCCGGCAAACGGAGGCAAAGAUGGCAUCUCUCAAAACAAUGGACUCUUCACGUCGUCUAUUUGGAUUUGAAUCGGAUGUAUUUGCAUACGAAAGGGAUCUUCUGGUGGUUACGACAGAGAACGACCUUCAAACUAUGGCAGCCCAAGACGUCUACACUCGUUUUAUCCAGAGUGCUUUUAGUCAACUCACCAAAUUGGGUGGAGAAGUAGAUGUGAGUGUGGGGCUUCAUGGUGCUUAUGUGGCCCAGAACAGCCGUAUUAAUGAGUUUGUACACUGCUUUGAAAGCUGCAGUCUGGGCUCCCGAGAAGAUGCAUUACUGUGCAUAAUUCCUGCGCUGAAAUAUAAUCGCCUAUUGCCAGCUCUGGCAGCCGAGUGCACCAGCAUCAGAAAGCGCACAGAGAGAUUCAUUCUAGAAAAUGAGUGGGCAGAGGCAUUCCGCCUUGUGGAAUGGAUCUGCAAGCGGUCGGUGGGCGUCGAAUUGGAAUACUCCGUCUACGAACUUGGACAUCUCUGUCGUCUAGCUUUGUUGUCAAACGACAAGCUUGCGCAACGGGAGGGAUUCAAGCAUACGUGCAGACUCCUCGAGUCAGACCCCCGAACAGAUUUCCUGAGAGCACAAAGGAUGCCUCUGCCCUCAAACUGGUCACAAUCUCUGAACAUUCAACAAUGGUGGCAAUUGUUUUCCAAGCAGCUCGGAUGGGUGGCAUGGCAUAUUUCGAUCAAUGUGCCUGGUAUGGAUUGGAUGCAGCCUGAACUCAGGAGAAUCAACAUCCAACAAGACUUGUCUUUGCCACCUGGAACAAGCCUUGACGCAGAGGAGACACGUAUUGGUGUGCGCGCUAUGCAAGAAUGGCUGACGUUCAACCAUAUCGACUUCGAACGGGAAUACACAGACACCGAGGAUAGUCUAGGCUACUCCUGGGCUCUCCAGGGAGGAUUUAACGCUUUAAUAUAUUUUUUACUCGUGCGAUUGGUAGAGUUGGGUGCAGAAUGCCCAACCCUCAUCCAGUAUGCCUUCGCCCUCUCAGCCAAAUGCCGCUCGGAUCGGGGCAUUCAAGUUCUCCAGCGACGCCAUGCUGACAUUGAUACUCUCAAUGAUAACAAAGCCUCGGCUUUGAUGGAAGUCGUUGUUCUUGGGGACCUUGGAGCUGUUAAAACCCUCCUUGCGAAUGGAGCAAACCCCAAUGGAAAUGAAAGAGUCCUGGAUAAGAGACCAUUGAUAAUAGCUGCCAUGAUGGGAUACACGAAUAUUGUGAAACUCCUCAUUCUUGAAUAUGGCGCUAUAUUAGACGUGACUGAUUCUUUUGGAUUAUCUGCCUUGUACUGGGCAGUCAGCGAAAAUCACCUGGACACCGCCCGCUUCUUACUGUCUCAUGGCGCAGAUGUUAACAGGGGAGUCGAUGGGUCUACACCACUCCAUUCUGCCAUAACAGGUGCCAUAGCGGACAAUCAAAUGGAGAUGGUUCACCUUGUUUUGGAGCACGGGGCUGAUGUCAACGCCGCUGGAGAAAACUUGAAUCUUCCGCUGAUGCGCGCGGCCAUUUCGUCAAAUGCUGCUCUGCUUCGACUGCUGUUAGACAAAGGGGCUGAUGUUUAUGCAAGGGAUGAAGAAGGGCUUACUGCACUGGACUGGGCACGAAGAAGUGAUUGUGAAGAGACUGCGGCUAUUUUGGAAGUUGCCAUGGGCCAUUCAUUUUCACGACAAUGUAAAUAG